GCGGCUGUGGCGGUGGCUCCGUCGGCGGCUGCGGCGGCUGCGGCGGCCGGGACGGCUACGCCUCGGCCGGCUGCGGCGGCUGCGGCGGCUGCGGCGGCUGCGGCGGGUGCGGCGGCGGAGGCCGCGGCGGCCGCGGCGGCUGCGCCGGCGGCGGCUGCGCCAACGGCGGCUGUUCAGGGGGCGGCUGCGCUGGGGGCGGCUACGGGCCGUCGGGGUCCGCCCCGGGAGGCGCGCAGGACGGCCACGGCGGCGGCGGCUGCCGCUACGGGGACGGCGGCGGCGGCCGCUUCGGCGACAACCCCGGGGGACGCCACGCCGACUCCGGCAUGGGAGGCGGCCUCGGCGGCCUCCGGGCUGGCCAGGGAGGUGCCGGGGGCUGCGCCAGCAGAGGCCGCGGCGGCGGCGCCGGUUUCGGGCGCCCCGACGGCGGCGCGGACGGCGGCGGCGCCGGCUUCGGCCGCGAGCCAGCGGAGGGCGGCUUCGAUGGC